AUGGCCGAGCCGAGAAAAGUACCGUUUGUCACAAUCUCUUCCUUUAACAACAAUGCACCGCCUUCGGAGUCCAAGAAACGCCGCCGGGAAGAUGAGGCCGAAAUCAGUUUGGGGGAAGAUGGAGGGGGUGGAAGUGCAGCAACCGGGCCAGGAGGUGGUACGGGUGCUAGUCCAUUCGGUAACGUGAAAGCCGGUGACGGGGAUUCAGCGGAAACAAAACGUGUAACAGUGCGCUUGAACCUCUCCUUGCCCGAACCCAGCGAACGGGGAUCUGCUGAAUUCAACUACAGUGAACUGGUUCAAUCUACUCAGGUAAAGUCGUGAAAUCAGUCAAGGCUACAAGUGUUAACACAGGCCGGGCCGGUGAACGCGUAGGCAGUUUGAAGUAAGCUCUCGAGGCUUUGGUGCUGUUGUCAACAAGAGCGAUGUUGGCCAACUGUAGCUACAGUAUUCUUAGAUAUGAUGUAAGCAUGCCAACUUCAUGUAGGCUAUAACAUUCUAAUUUUGAUAUGCAUGUUUAUAUUACCGUUAUAUAAAUCAUAUAAUAUGGUAAUGACACAUCAAGUUCCCAUCUUGCUGGAUGUACAACUUCUGUAAGAUUAAAUAAUAAGCUACUAAAAACCCACAUUUGAACCCAUUUUACCAACUCUAAUUUUCUGACAUUCGUGAUUGUCUCUUGAAGGUGAAGAAGCCUCCUGCUCCAGGACCUCCUAAAGGCCUGACGCCAGACCUGGACCCCAACUACCCCUUUGCAGACAACGAGAAGGAGAGAAGAGAAGUAGAGGCGCUCGCCAAGAAAUUUGAGAGCAAAUAUGUAGGUCCCUUUACUUUGUGGUGGAAACAAAUAGGCCUACACAUAGAUUUAAUUAGUUACAUUUGCAUUAUAUAUAUAUAUAUAGUAUAUUCUCACCUAAUCAAUUGUAAUCGUUUGUUUCCUCUAGUCACAGGGCAAUACAGGGAAAAAGAAGAGGAAGGACAGGGUGCAGGAUCUCAUCGACAUUGGUUUUGGCUACGAUGAGACUGACCCAUUCAUUGAUAACUCUGAGGCUGUAAGUACCCUCUUCAGACUCAUGUAAACAAGUGUCAACAUAUGCUUGAACAUAUUUGCACUUUACCCUUAGCCACUGUAUCAUAGAUACUUUUUCAUUAACACAUUGCAUUCCUCUCCCCCAUACUUGCAUAUUAGUUUCUCUGCUGUUUGUAACCCGUUAUACCAUGGCAUUGUUGAAUAGUCUUUUCUGAUUGGCCUGAAGGGCAUUCUAGAGCGUGCAUUAUUUCCCUAUAACGCACAGUAUAUCAGCACGGUAGAAUUCAAUGGCUAUAGUUCAUUCUUACAUGUUCUAUGUUUGAGCUGCAUUUGAAAGCAAAAGUCGAAUUGAGAACAUUAUUGCCAUUGUUGAAUUCAAUUUUCAUAAUGGCAAGCUAGGACUGAUUGUUUGGUUAGCUAAACUAGCAAGUCUGUUUGUUUGGUUACCAAGGCAACUACUGUAGCUACUAUAUCUAGUAAACUUGCUAGCUACUUCAGUGGAUGUUGAACACAUUUCUAACUGUAACGUUGUAAAAUUAUAGCCAUGGUAUAAAAGGGAUAAUGAACUUGGAAAAUAAUGCAACUCCAUGGAAGGUUAGUUCCACUCCGCUAGCGUGUCGUCGAACACACCUUCCAUGUAGUUUAUUAUUUCCAGAGAAUGCAUAGUCCCUUGUUGAUUAUCCCUUACCUACUCUCACCCCCUCAGUAUGAUGAGCUGGUGCCAGCCUCCCUCAACACCAAGCUGGGAGGGUUCUACAUCAACACUGGCACCCUGCAGUUCAGAGCAGCCUCCGAGUCAGAGGGAGAGGACUUCAAGGUGGGUUACACACACACAUGCCUUUUCAAUAUAUGAACAAAUAUUAUUCAGCGUUAAACUCUAUUUCUAUAUCAUGUGACAAGCUCAGUUUUUGUUCCUCUUGUCUGUAGAAGUUGAAAGAUGGCGAGGAGCAUGUGAUAAAGAAGCGAAGGAAAAAGCAAGAUGGCAGUAACAUGGAUGAGAAGAAGCCCAGGAAGAUCAGGAUGCCAAAGCAAGGGUGAGCAAUGUUAUACGUCUGUUGUGCCACUUCUGAAGUUAUCUGAUGUAUAAGCUCAUAUUUGAUGUAUGAACUUAUUGCCCAACUUUGACUUGAGCCGUGUGCUUCAUAUUCAUUCUAUAUGUCUAUGGCUUGUAACAACCUCCAUGUAUCAACGCAACGGUCUUAUGUUAUCUUCCAGAGUGUCUGGCCUGAAUGUCCACCGGCCAGAGAAGAAGAAGAGGAAGAAGUUGAUGAAGGACUCUCUGAAUCUGGCCGCCAUGCUCCGCCGCUUCACACGGGAGAAGGAGGAGAACCGCAAAAAGAACCCCUGUCUGUCCCCGUGGCCAGCACAACGCCAACAGUGCCCUACUCAACACCCACCCUAA